CGCUCCCUUCCUCUCUGCAACUGAACAGUGAAAAUUCACAUUGUGGAUCCGCUAACAGGCACAGAUGUCAUGUGAAAGCGCACAUGCUCUGCCAUCCACACCGCCUUUCUUUCUUUUCUGUUUCCUUUUUUUCCCCUUGAUCGUUCUCCCUCUUCUUUGUAACUAACAAAACCACCACCAACUCCUCCUCCUGCGACUGCCCUUCUCCUCCUCAGUCCAAGUGAUCACAAAAGAAAUCUCCGAGCCUGAGGCGGUGGCAAUUUUUUUUUUAAAAGCAAGCACACUGGAGAGAAAGAAAAAAGAAACAAACAAACAAACAAACAAACAAAAGCAAAACAAAACCCAGGCACCAGCCAGCCAGGACAUUUUUUUUCCACCCUGCCUGAAAACAAACAAACAGCCAUCAAAAACAGUCAUCAGCAACAACAUCAAAACUGUUAGCGUAGCAGCAGCGGCCACCGUCACGCUGUGGCCACGACGUCUGCCUAAAGGGAUGCUUCUCUCGGCGGAGCAGCUCUUCGCCGACCGCCUUCUUUCCUCGUGCUGAGCAGGAUUUUUGGGUUCUCUGGGGUUCGGGCUGGGAGCUUCAUGACUACGAGGAGCAGGACAGCGGCCACACCAUGCGAGCACAAAUUGAAGUGAUACCAUGCAAAAUUUGUGGCGACAAAUCCUCCGGGAUCCACUACGGCGUCAUCACGUGUGAAGGCUGCAAGGGAUUCUUCAGGAGGAGCCAGCAGAACAAUGCCUCUUACUCCUGCCCAAGGCAGAGAAACUGUUUAAUUGACAGAACCAACAGGAACCGCUGCCAACACUGCCGACUGCAGAAGUGUCUUGCCCUAGGAAUGUCGAGAGAUGCUGUAAAGUUCGGGAGAAUGUCCAAGAAGCAGCGUGACAGCCUGUAUGCUGAGGUGCAGAAGCACCAGCAACGGCUGCAGGAGCAGCGGCAACAGCAGAGCGGGGAGGCAGAGGCCCUUGCCAGGGUGUACAGCAGCAGCAUCAGUAACGGUCUCAGCAACCUGAACACCGAGCCCGGCGGCACCUACGCCAACGGGCACGUCAUUGACUUGCCGAAAUCCGAAGGAUAUUACAACAUAGAUUCUGGUCAGCCAUCUCCCGAUCAAUCAGGACUGGACAUGACUGGAAUCAAACAGAUAAAGCAAGAACCUAUCUAUGACCUCACAUCCGUACCCAACUUGUUUACCUAUAGCUCUUUCAACAAUGGGCAGUUAGCUCCUGGGAUAACAAUGACUGAGAUCGAUCGAAUUGCACAGAACAUCAUCAAGUCCCAUCUGGAGACAUGCCAGUACACAAUGGAAGAGCUGCAUCAGCUGGCGUGGCAGACCCACACCUAUGAGGAAAUAAAGGCGUAUCAAAGCAAGUCCAGGGAGGCUCUGUGGCAGCAGUGCGCCAUCCAGAUCACCCAUGCCAUCCAGUACGUGGUGGAGUUCGCAAAGCGGAUAACAGGCUUCAUGGAGCUGUGUCAGAACGACCAGAUUUUACUGCUGAAGUCAGGUUGCUUGGAAGUGGUUUUAGUGAGAAUGUGCCGUGCCUUCAAUCCAUUAAACAACACUGUUCUGUUUGAAGGAAAAUAUGGAGGAAUGCAAAUGUUCAAAGCCUUAGGUUCUGAUGACCUGGUGAACGAAGCGUUUGACUUUGCGAAGAAUCUGUGUUCCUUGCAGCUGACUGAGGAGGAGAUCGCUUUGUUCUCUUCCGCGGUUCUGAUAUCCCCAGACCGAGCCUGGCUGAUAGAACCAAGAAAGGUCCAGAAGCUUCAGGAAAAAAUCUAUUUUGCACUUCAACAUGUGAUUCAGAAGAAUCACCUGGAUGACGAGACCCUGGCAAAGUUAAUAGCCAAGAUACCAACUAUCACAGCAGUCUGCAACUUGCAUGGGGAGAAGCUGCAGGUAUUUAAGCAAUCUCAUCCAGACAUAGUGAAUACACUGUUUCCUCCAUUGUACAAGGAGCUCUUUAAUCCUGACUGUGCCGCGGUCUGCAAAUGAAGGGGCUGAGAACUUUCAGAGUCACGGAAUGCAUCUCCGUUAAGACAAAAGCAAUGUGUUCAUGGAGACUUAAGAAAAAUGUCACUACUGCAACAUUAGGAAUGUCCUGCACUUAAUAGAAUUAUUUUUCACCGCUACAGUUUGAAGAAUGUAAAUAUGCACCUGAGUGGGGCUCUUUUGUUCGUUUGUUUGUUUUUGAAAUGAUCAUAAAUAUACAAAUAUAGGACACUGGGUGUUAUCUUUUUUAAUUUUAUUCGGGUAUGUUUUGGAGACAACUGUUUAUAGAAUUUUAUUGUAGAUAUAUACAAGAACAGAGCCGUCCUUCACAUGACUACUUUUCCUGCUGAUUGUUCAGAUAUAAUUUAAGAAAAUUCCACUUACUAGGAUUUACCUACUUCUAUGUUUUUAGAUAGUUGAUGCAUGUGGAAAUCUGUAACUGUCUUGGAAAGUACUGUGCAUGUAUGUAAUGAAUAUAUAAUAUGUAAGAGUAUUAUAUAUGACUAUUACGUAUUCAUGCACUGUGGUUUCAAAUGCCAUGCCCGCUAGCAAUGGAGGUCUGGUCAGGCUCUCAUGUGAUUUACUUUCUGUUAUGUGUUACUUUUAUGUCAGACAAUCAAGGUUUUUUUUUUUCCCCAGCCAGAGUUUUCAUCCACACAUAACAACAGGAUAGUACCCAUUCGGAAGCAAGUCUACAAAGGAAUCGGUGUAGCAUAUAACUGCUUUCCAAAAGCUCCGUUUCUGUCAAUGACUUCAAAGCCCUGUCAAGAUGGCACAUAGGGUUUGGGGUGCAAUAGGAUUUGAAGUCAUUUUCCUGUUUCACAAAUCGGUCUGUAAACCAGACAAGAAUAUUUCUUAUUAUACAGAAUAUAAAAUACUGAGAUUCUCCCCAUACACACACUUUGGAUUUGGAUUUAAAAUUGUGAAACUCAACUUUGAUGUUUAUUAUUUCUUUAACAAAAAGAAAAAAAAAUCACUCUGUAGAUUAUGACCACCAUCAGUGUUUUCAGAAAUAUCAAACUAGUAGUGUAAAACAAGGUCCCAGUGUCAUUUUCUGUAAAUACUGUCUAGCCAUCUUCUCCCAAAGAACAGAAAGAAAUAGAACAUGCAAGGUAAAGAAGUUUUCAUUAAAUUCAUACUCAUUUUAAUUUAUUAGAAAACAUGCUAAUAGAAAGGAGAACGCAGUCUAGAGCCUGGGGCCUCCAAUUUUUUCAACUUCAAGACGCUGUCUAAUAAAAAUAGAGCAAAAGUUCAAAAGAUUAGAAAACAAAUGCUUUAUCUAUGAGACUGAUAUAUCCCAAAGCCAAAAUCCUUUCCUACACAGAUUUAAAAGACCUCCUCUGUCUACACUGGUUCGUUCUUAGCCACUUGAAAGAACAGAAUGAAAGGGUGACCUCUACAGUUUCUUUAUCCACACAUCUAUGAAAUUAAGUACCAGAAAGCAUGGGCUUGAAGUCAUUUGUUCUUCCAAUUCCUGGAAGGCCUAGGCCUUCAGUGCGAUCUAGUCCAAACUAAGACUUUCAAAGCAGCUAGGGGCCACAUUUGUGUAUGAGACACCAAAAGCUAUGAUGUACUGUAAGUGUGGCACAGGCCCUAGCUUAAAAAACCCUGCCCUGUUCUCCCUGGACACACACACACACACACACGCACGCACGCACGUACACUCACACACACACACACUC